CAGAGCUUCCUCGCAUUCCACCUCUACCUGAACCACCGACUGUUACAUAUAUAGAGAAACUGCGAACUAAAAUCAAAAUUCCCAAUCUUUUCUUCAAAGUAAAAGUACCUAUUAGAAAAACCCCCUUCAAUUCCCUCUUCCAUCAUUGAGAAACCAAAGCUUGAAGCUUCUAUAGAGAAACAGAGUGGAACUAUGUCCAAUCAAGAUCUUGAGCGAGGAGCCGCUAAGAAUCCACCCAAUACUAACCCAAAUGCUAACUAUUCAACUUCUCCUUACUACCUAGAAACCUCUGAGAAGCAAUGGACUCCUUGGUUGGUUCCUAUGUUUGUUGUGGCUAAUAUUGCUAUGUUCAUUGUGGUCAUGUAUGUCAAUAAUUGCCCUGAUUCUAAUCUGGGUUUUGGAGAUAAGUGUGUGGCUAGUUUUCUUGGACGAUUUUCGUUUCAGCCUAUCAGGGAGAACCCCCUCUUGGGGCCUUCUUCAAAUACAUUGGUGAAAUUGGGAGCUCUUAAGUGGAACAAGGUUGUUCAUGAGCAUCAAGGAUGGAGACUUUUGUCUUGUAUCUGGUUGCACGCUGGAAUCAUUCAUCUUCUUGCCAAUAUGUUGAGUUUGGUUCUGAUUGGAAUCCGCCUCGAGCAACAAUUUGGAUUUGUGCGUAUCGGGAUGAUAUACCUUGUGGCUGGAGUUGGUGGGAGUGUGAUGUCUUCUCUUUUCAUUCAAAACAAUAUUUCUGUUGGUGCUUCUGGUGCCCUCUUUGGACUUCUUGGAGCUAUGCUAUCCGAGCUUUUGACAAACUGGACGAUUUACACCAACAAGGUUGCUGCACUCUUCACCCUCAUAGUCAUCGUUGUUAUUAACUUAGCAGUUGGAAUUCUACCUCACGUUGACAACUUCGCCCACAUUGGAGGAUUCUUAACAGGGUUCCUUCUCGGGUUUGUUUUGCUUGUCCGCCCACAGUUCAAGUGGACAGAGCGCCACCAUCUCCCACCUGGUGCUCGACGUGUACCCAAGUAUAAAACUUAUCAGUAUAUUCUCUGGCUGGCAGCUGCAAUUCUACUAGUUGCUGGCUUUACCCUGGGCCUGGUGAUGCUAUUCAGAGGUGAGAAUGGAAACAAGCACUGCAGCUGGUGCCAUUACCUGAGUUGUGUGCCAACCUCAAGAUGGGACUGCGCAAAUUAAGUUUCUCUUAGUUUGUGUGUACAUAGUUACACUUUUUGGGAUCUUGGGUUUUAGUUUGCUUUUUACUUCAUGUAUAUGAAUAGUUUAUGAGGCUUUUUCUUUAUUCUUUUCCCGCCUUGUCCUUACAAUUGUUUACCGUAGAGAUCUGUGAUCUAUUUCAGAUUAAUAGCAUUGAUUAUUUCCCGUCA